ACAGACCAAAGUAUUUAUCGCAAUUGUAUAGUCUGAAAUACUUCAAAAUUAAGUAAAAGGAUUUUCGUUAACUAAUAUUAUUAUUUUAUAAUAUUACAACAUGAACAAAUCGCAAUUAAACCAACAAUUGGAUAAAAUGAUCAGGUUCAUAGAGUUUGAAGCAAAUGAAAUUGAACAAAAUAUUGACACUCAAUCAGAAAAUGAAUUUGAUAUUAAAAAAAACGAAAUUAUACUCAAAGAAAAAUUAAAAAUCGAUCAGUUGUACAAGAAAAAGACAAAAUUUAUGAAUAGAACAACAGCAACAAUGAUUACCAAGUUAAUGACAAAUGCCAAGUUAGAAAUAUUGAAUGCCAGAGACACAUUUAUUAAAUCUGUGUUGGCCGACGUAAACAGAGAACUGUUAAAAUUGCGAAACCACAAAUCACAAUAUUUGAAAAUUCUCAAAAAGUUAAUACUACAAGCAAUGUACCAAGUUUUGGAAGAAAAAAUAAGCUUAAUACUGAUAUCAGACGAUAUGGAAUGCGUUGACUUAAUGAUCCCUGAAUUAAGUGAAAUAUAUUUGGCUAACACAGGAAUGAAUAUUGAAAUAAAUAUUGAUAAUAGUAUUAAGUUACCGAAUCAAGAAAUAGGAGGUGUCAUGGUCACAGCCAAGGGUCGAAGGUUACUUGUUGAAAACACGUUGGUGGUGAGAUUGCUCUAUCUCACCCAACAAGCUAUACCAAUAAUAUGCACUGGACUGUUUGGACCAAAUCCCACUAGAACUUAUUUAAGAAAUAAAUAAUUACAAAAUAAGAA